GGGGCCGUGCUACGGGUGCCGGCGCGGCCCACGGCGCUCGGCGGCGGGCGCUUCCCGGCGCGCCCCGCGGCAGAUUGUACACAAUCAUCAUGGCCGCCGCCGCCCCAGGUGCCGAGGCGCCGGGCAUGGAGGCGGAGGCCGCGGGCUGCGGCGGGGAGGGCGGCUCUCCGGCCGCGGGGCGCUCUCCGCAGGGCGAGGGGCGCCGGCACCCCCCGGCCUCCGUCAGCAACGGCGGCGCCGCGGAGAGCGGCGAGGAGCUGGUGGAGCUGAAGGUGAUCUGGAACAAGAACAAGUACGACGUCAAGUUCCGCCUGGACGGCACCGGCGCCGACCUGAAGCAGGAGAUCCACUCGCUCACAGGCCUCCCGCCCGCCAUGCAGAAGGUGAUGUUCAAGGGGCUGCUGCCCGAGGAGAAGACGCUGCGAGAGAUCAAGGUGACGAACGGAGCCAAGAUCAUGGUGGUGGGCUCCACCAUCAACGACGUGCUGGCGGUGAACACGCCCAAGGAGGCCGCCCAGCAGGAGGUGAAGGCUGAGGAGAACAAGAAGGAGCCGCUCUGCAGGCAAAAGCAACACAGAAAAGUAUUGGAUAAAGGAAAACCAGAUGAUGUGAUGCCUUCUGUUAAAGGUGUUCAGGAGCGCCUGCCAACAGUGCCGUUAUCUGGCAUGUACAACAAAUCAGGGGGGAAAGUAAGAUUGACCUUCAAACUUGAGCAAGACCAGCUAUGGAUUGGUACAAAAGAGAGAACAGAAAAGUUACCCAUGGGGUCCAUUAAAAAUGUGGUGAGUGAACCUAUUGAAGGACACGAAGAUUAUCACAUGAUGGCAUUUCAGCUGGGCCCAACAGAAGCAUCUUACUACUGGGUCUAUUGGGUACCAACUCAAUAUGUUGAUGCAAUCAAAGACACGGUGCUGGGGAAGUGGCAGUAUUUUUGAAAGCACGCUCACCUCUGGCACAGGAAAAUGACACAAAGCUAAGGACACUGCUGGGAGAGGCCUCCAACAUCCCUGGAUGUGAUAGUCCUGGAACUUUAUUAAUAAAAUAUGAUAAACGAGGCAUUGAUGGAAGCCAGAGGUGAUGUUCUUUCACCAUUAGUUUACUUUUAACUUAAAUUUCACCAUCCCUUUUCUGCAGUCAGCUUCAACCAUAUUUAAAGCAAAUACAGUGGAAAUCAAUAAAUCUUAAUUCACAAAA